UAUAUAUUCCAGAAUGAAUGAAUGAUCAAUUAGUCAUAAAUAUAAUUAGUAACACAAGAAACAAGAGAGCUAAUUAGAAUUAAAAAGAAAAGAAGAAGAAGAUGAAAAUGGGGGCCGGGCGUGGAAUGAUAGUUGGGUUGUUGAUGAUGAUGGUGGUGGUGGUAGCAGUUGAGGGGGGCAGCAGGGAAUAUGAAUAUGAUGAUGCUCUGAGUUAUGGAUACUACCAUGGAAACUGUCCACAGCUUGAGGGUAUCAUCCACAGAAAGCUUCACAACUGGUUCAAAAAUGACUCCACUCUUGCACCUGCUCUCAUGAGGCUUCACUUCCACGACUGCUCCGUCAGAGGAUGUGAUGCAUCUAUUCUUCUGAACCACAAAGGAAGCGAGAGAAAGGCAAAGGCAAGCAAGACCCUUAGGGGUUUCCAAGUGAUUGACGACAUAAAGUCUGAGGUUGAGAGAGUUUGCCCAAAGAUAGUUUCAUGCGCAGACAUUCUAACUGCAGCUGCAAGAGAUGCCACUGUUGCUGCUGGUGGACCCUUCUGGUCUGUUCCUUAUGGCAGAAAAGACGGCAGAAUCUCAUUAGCCAAGGAGGCUGAAUCUGUACCUAUGGGCCACGAGAAAAUCACAGACCUCAUCGAGCUUUUCCAGUCUAAGGGUUUGAACAUACUUGACUUGGUUGUUCUCUCAGGUGCCCACACCAUUGGUAGAACCUCAUGCGACUCAUUGCAGUUCAGGCUCUACAACUACAAAGGUACUUCCAAACCCGACCCCACCAUCGACCCUAAAUAUCUCAACUUCCUCAGAAGAAAAUGCAGAUGGGCUUCCGAGUACGUUGACCUAGACGCUGUCACACCAAAGGCAUUCGACGUACAGUACUAUAAGAACCUUCAGAAGAAAAUGGGUAUUCUUUCCACUGACCAGAUGCUCUACUCCGACUCAAGGACUGCUCCCCUCGUCUCCGCCUUUGCUUCCCAAUCUUCCGUCUUCCACCAUCAGUUUGCUGCCUCAAUGGUCAAGCUUGGAAACAUUCAGGACUUUUUAGCCGACCAACACUCUGAAAUUCGACUCAACUGCAACUAUGUCAAUAAGUGAUCAUCCAUCAUAUACCUUCAAUGCAGGAAUAUAAUACAUAUGCAUGCAUGCCCUAUUUAAUUAUUAUUAAUUAAUGGAGUAAUUGUUUCGCUUCACAAUCUGUGUACCUGCCUUAAUUUAAACUUUUCUUUCCUAUUCCUAAUGUCAUGAUCCUCAUUACUUGAUGACACGACACGAAGACCUUCCCAUAAUUAACACAAAUUUUUGUUGCAUUAUUAUAUUCCUCCCUUGUUUCUCUUCAUCAUUAAUGUACUACUUAUGAUAUAUAUAUAUAACGUACUUGUAAAU